AUGGGGGCGCGGAUGCUGAUCUAUGUGAGGAGCCCCACCGGCAGGACAAUAUGCCUCAAGGUCCGGCCAUCAGAUACCCUGAAUACUAUUAAGGCAAAGAUUCUGGAACAACACCACCUUGUCUUUGAUGGAGUGCAGCUAGAGGACAACAUUACAUUGGCUGAGUACGGCAUCGAGCAUCAAUCCACAAUUGACCUCCAAGAAAAGAUGCAGAUCUAUGUAAAGAUUAUGAAAGUAGGUAGGACCAUCACUCUUGAGGUUGACAGCUUAGAUACUAUUGAUGAAGUGAAGACCAAGAUUGAAGAUUUCGAGGGAUUGCCCAAGGGUCAGCAGUGUCUCAUCUUUGCCAACAAUGAGCUGGAGGACAACAGCACAUUGGCGGACCACAACAUUUGCAAGGAGUCCACCCUUCUCCUUGUCCUCCAUCCAUUACCAAGAGGUACUAUGCGAAUCUCGGCGUUGACAUUAGAUAGAGAGAGGAUACCUCUCGAGGUUGAAAGCUCAGAUACUAUCGGCAUUGUCAAGUUGAAGAUCUAUGAGAAGGACGGCACUCGCCCCAUACAACAACGCAUCAUGUUUGCCGGCAAGCUGCUGGAGGACGGACGCACCCUGGGGGACUAUAACAUCCGGAAUGACUCUACCAUCCAUGUCUUGCUCUGCCAAUGUGGUUGUUGA